UGGUAGAUAUUUGGAAUAAACCAAUAAAGAUGAUGGCUGAAAUAUAUUUUGAAUUAUCAGAAUUUAAGAACAGCUCAUUUAGCUUAAUAAGAAUAACAGAAUCCUUUUGUAUCACUUAUUAUAAAUUCACAGUAAAGUUCUAAUAUGUCUCUUUUCACAGGUAUAUCAAGUCUUCGUACAGUAGCUGUCAUUUCUGUUAAACAUUACAUCGUGCUUAUCCCAGGGGGGGCUGUUCUUUUCCAGACCAGAGAUGCAGUCGCAGGCGUGAUUCUUUCCUGGGUUUGGUCAUUUGUGUGGAACACCCUGCCUCUGUUUGGAUGGGGGAAUUAUGAUCUGGAAGGAGUUAAAAUUUCCUGCGGAGCAAACUGUGAUGCUGCUAACGUGUCCUACAUCGUUAUCUACUUCUCUUUGUUUGCGGUGCCUUUUUCCACAGUCAUAGUGUCCUACUCCAGACUUUUAUGGACCCUUCACCAGGUCACCAAGUUGCAAACGUCUGAGAGUAGGAGGAUACUACAUGUGACCUUCCUGGUCACAUGGCUGCCUUAUGCAGCAAUGGCCCUGGCUGUAAUCAUGGACUCCAAUCUUUAUAUAGACCCUGUCAUUGCCACCAUACCUGUUUAUUUAGCCAAGAGCAGCACUGUCUACAACCCCAUCAUCUAUAUUUUCAUGAACAGACAGUUUCGGGGCUAUGUCGUUCCUGCUCUUCUGUGUGGAUGGAGCCCGUGGCCCUCUGAAGCCCAGAUAUCUGAUGCUACCACCACUGUUGCUUCAGCAAAUAAAAACAACAAGGUUGUUCUGGAACAAUCUUCAAAAGAAUAAAAAAGACUUUUAGAAGCAUUGGUUUAAAUAGUGAGUUAUACAGUUACAUACUGCCACCAGACGUCAGAUAUAUUGUUAAAAAAUGUACAAAACAACUGUGAAAAGAAACCAACCAGUUGUCUCCAUGGGUUACUAUGUUAAGUUUUGAAAUAUUUACCAUUAGCUUGCUUUUCACUAUAUUUGUUUAUCUGUACUUAAUUAUUUGAUAUGAAUGAUUUUGUGAUGUGAUGAAUUUAAUUUAUUGUCCGCUGUUUCUGUGUUUGUAAAAUUUCUUGUUAAAUUACAAUUACUGUUAGUUGUUGUUACAGAGUGCUGCCAGCUUAAACAAAUAACAGUGAGGGCCUGGUUGCCUUGCAGUGUCGCAGCAGAUUUACUUGAGAGGAGAAGAGGAGGUGAGUCGCAAACUUGAGUUUAAUAAAUUAAAAGCAUGAUGGGUACCGUUUCAUUUGGAAGUGGAUAAGCCCCAAACAUAAAAAAAAUCUAAAAUUGUUUCCAGAGUUUUUUUUAGACAUUCUGAACAUUUGGGUACAACAUAAUUAAUUUUUAACCGCUUCAGUAUGGGUUUUAUUAUCUGCAACAUCAUGGAACAAAACAAUGCUGAAAUUCAGCAACAUUAGCUUUUUUUUUCUUUGUCUAAGCUGAAUAAUUAUUUUAAAAAUAACUAUUAAAUACAUGUCAUUUCCCUACGUAACACAU